CAGAGGCAUGUCCCUCCCACAAGCCCAAAGGCAAACAACACAACACACAGUGUCUCCUCAAUCUCCCCAAAGUCCAUUCCACUUGCCACUUCUCCACUGCCUCUGGGUAAAAUAUAUAGAACAAAUUCCAAGCCUUUAAGGUACUGUAUUUUUUCUCACACCACCCACAUGGCUCUUCUUCACAAGCUCGCACCUUUUUCCUCUCUCCACUCACCCUUCACCGGAAAGCCCUAUUUUUCUCCUCCCCGCCGCCACCUCGUUUCCUUCUCCGCCUCACCCUUUACGGAGAAGCACUCCCUAGAGAGGUACCAGAGGGACCAAUGGGUGUACGAGGAUAGUCAAACGAUGUCGUUUCCUCCCCCCAGCGACUCGGGAUCCGUGAGGGAGGAAGACAUAGCCCUGCAGCUGCCGGAGCUGAAGAAGCUGCUGGAGGUGCUGAGGGAGAAGAGGAAAAGUGAGGGGAAGUGCAGUGGAGGGGAGUGUUUGCCAGGGAAUGUGUUCUUGGUGGGGACCGGGCCUGGGGACCCUGAGCUUCUCACUCUCAAGGCUGUGAGAGUAAUUAAGAGUGCUGAUUUGUUGCUGUAUGACAGGUUGGUGUCCAAUGAUGUGCUGGAUUUGGUUGCUCCUCAGGCCAAGCUUCUCUAUGUGGGAAAAACUGCUGGAUACCAUAGUAGAACACAGGAGGAAAUACAUGAACUUCUUUUGAGUUUUGCAGAAGCUGGGGCAACUGUUGUGAGACUUAAAGGGGGUGAUCCAUUGGUGUUUGGGAGGGGUGGAGAGGAAAUGGACUUUUUGCAACAGCAAGGUAUCCAAGUCAAAGUUAUUCCAGGCAUAACUGCUGCAUCUGGAAUAGCAGCAGAGUUGGGAAUACCGUUAACUCACCGAGGCAUUGCAAAUAGUGUGAGAUUUCUCACAGGGCAUUCAAGGAAAGGAGGAUCUGAUCCUCUCUUUGUAUCAGAAAAUGCUGCUGAUUCUGAUUCUACCUUGGUGGUUUAUAUGGGCUUGUCGACUUUCCCUUCACUUGCACAGAAGUUAAUGCUUCAUGGUCUGUGCCCUCAGACCCCGGCUGCAGCCAUUGAGCGAGGGACAACACUUCACCAACGCACUGUGUUUGCUGAACUAAAAGACCUUUCUGAGAAAAUAACAUCUGCUCAGCUGGUGUCACCAACACUGAUUAUAGUAGGAAAAGUUGUUGAACUAUCCCCAUUUUGGCCAGCUUCUACAAAAGAAGAAUCAUGUUUAAUGCAGACAUGACGGACGAUGUUGUUGAGAAAUAUUACUGUGAUGUGAAGCUUGGUGGAAAUGAAGGGUUACUUGUGGAGGGUUGAUUUAGCAUGCACUUGCACAUAACAAGGGGUGAUGAUAGUCUUGAUCGAGAUUUAUGCAGGAUGGCUGGGAAAGCUAAACAAAACUAUCUGAUGUUUAUGGAAAUGAAGAACUUCUGCCACCGUCUUGGGGUAUCAAUGAUUUUUUUAGUCUUUGGCAGGAACUGUUUCAGAACCAAUUUUGAUUUUUUUUCAUGCUCAAGAUUGGGAAUAAAACAAAGUGCUACACAGAUUCACUCAGUUUUAUAAAAAAACACACCGAUUUUGGUAGCUGCUGUUGUCUUGAUCAGUGAGAACAUGGUCAUUGGAGGAAAAUUUGUGUUAUAACCUUGAGCUAUUUAGAAUCUUUCUUUCAAGAAAAAAUGUGGAAGUAUCAUCAUGUGUUCAUAUCAAUGUUGCUGUUAUUCAGAACGAUUGAUUCUGUAUUUCAUUCAUUGUUCUUACUUCA